AUGGACGCAUAUUCCUCAUUUCCGGCCGAAUUCGAGGCCGUCAGACCUAUCUACAACGCGCUGGUCGCCACCGCUGGAACGAUGUGGCUGAUCAACUACAUCGUCACAGUACGGCAGAUCUUCAGGGACAGGGUGCGCGCGAUACCGCUGGUCUCUCUCUGCUGUAAUAUCGCCUGGGAAAUCACGGUCGUCCUUAUCUACCGGCGCCCUUAUCUCCUUUUCGAGGUCUUUUCUGCCAUGUGGCUGUUGGUCAAUAUGGUCAUUGUGUACGGCUCGGUCAAGGUCUCCAUGGAAAAGCAGCUUUCCUCGCCGCUGAUGCACAAGCAUCUUCCUCUGAUCGUGCCCUUGGCAAUCUUGGGCUGCAUAUCGGGUUAUUUUGCGCUCGCAAAAACUUUUGGCACUCCCAAGACCAUCCACGGCGGAGGAACGUUUGCCUGCUUUGUUAUGGCCGCUGACUGUUUGUGUCAACUUUUGCAACGGGGAAGUACACAUGGGGCGUCGUGGGCAAUGUGGAUGUCCCGCGUUCUCGGUUCCUAUGCGGCAAUCACCGGUGAAUUCUUGAAGUCUGGGUUUUGGCCACAGCAGUGGGGUUGGUAUGACAAUGCACUGAUGAGGUGGUGUACGGGCAUGGCAGUGACCAUGGAUAUCAUGUAUGCCUGUAUCUUCUGGUAUAUUGGGCAGACUGAAAACGCAGCCAGAGGAAAGAAGGCAUGA